GAUAUCCUUAUCAAAGAUUUCUCCACAUUUGCUAACAGAGGAAUACCCACUUUCAAAAAGGCCGAUCCGCUGUCGCAACAUCUUGUCGCUUUGGAGCCGAAGAGAUGGCGACCGUUGAGAACGAGACUGUCGCCUGUUUUUACAUCCGGUAAACUGAAAGAGAUGUUCUCCUUAAUAUCCGAAUGCGCUGACCACCUUGUCCAAUACAUGGAAAAAGUAACGAGCAGAGAUGAACCUGUAGAAUGCCGCGAGUUGACGGCCAAAUAUACGACCGACACUAUCGGCAGCUGCGCCUUCGGCAUCGAGAUGAAUGCUUUGUCGGACGAAGACAGUGAAUUUCGAAAAAUGGGAAGAAAAUUAUUCAAACCGACUUGGAAAAGUAUAUUACGAUUCAGAAUGAGACAAAUGUUUCCGCGGCUUUACGAAUUAUCCGCGUACGUCCUACCGCAAACAGAAGUCACCAAAUUCUUCACGCGCGUUAUCGUAGAAACCAUGGACUACAGAGAAACGAAUAAUAUCACUAGACACGAUUUCGUUGAUACGUUGCGCGAUUUAAAGAAACAUCCAGAUAAAUUGGGCGAUAUUGAAUUGACAGAUAGUUUAAUAGCUGCCCAAGCGUUCGUAUUUUUCGCUGCUGGCUUUGAAACUUCGUCAACAACUAUUAGCAAUGCGCUCUAUGAGUUAGCAUUAAAUAAAAAAAUACAAGACAAUUUACGUGAAGAAAUUGACGAGGUCUAUAAAAAACAUGGUAGAGACUUAACAUACGAUAAUAUAAAAAAAAUGGAUUAUUUAGAUAAAGUUUUCAAAGAAACAUUACGAAAAUAUCCGCCAGCGACAUUACUUAGGAGAGAAUCUAUGUCAAGUUAUACUUUCAAUGGUAUCAACGUUAGUAUACCGAAAAGUCAACAAAUAUGGAUUCCCAUUUACGCGAUUCAUCGAGAUCCGGAUAUUUAUCCAAAGCCAGAUGUCUUCAAUCCAGAAAGAUUUGAUGAAGAAACUGUGCGAAGCAGGCACCCGAUGGCUUAUCUACCUUUUGGCGACGGGCCAAGGAAUUGCAUUGGAGCACGUUUUGCUGUUUAUCAGAGUAAAGUUGGACUUGUAAAGAUACUACGAAAUUAUAAAGUUGAAACUUGCGAGAAAACUCCAAUUCCCUACGUAAAUGAUCCUAAAGCAGUCGUAUUAACGCCAAAAGGCGGACUACACUUAAAAAUAAUUAAAAUUAAUCGACCUUAAUUUUUUCAAGUUUUUCUCCAACUCUCCACAGAAAGCGUGAUAAAAAGUGAAGAAAAUCUGUCAAUUAGAAUGAUAGAAGUCAUUCUGUGAUAUUUAUUAAUUUUUUUAAUGUUGUGCAUUUAUAUCUUAU